CCGGUCCACGCUUGUUUCUCUGAUUCUUUCCUCUUAUUGUUAGUCACGGAGCAAUUGGAGCCGGGAAUACGCGGCGGUUCUUCUCUCUCAAAAUGUAGAUAAAUUCUACCCCGUGUGAAAUCGAUUAUUCCACCUCACGGCGUAUUUUCACCAUCGACAACCAAAUCGUUCGAAGGGUAUCGAAUUCGAGGAAAACGCAAGAAGGCAUUAAGGGAUAGAAAGCUGGCGACCUUUGGCGCAGCGGUGAAAUGUGUGACAUUCUGAGCACUUUAAACGAUCCAGACGACGAGUAAUACAUCCAGUCGAGACACGACGGUAAUCGAGUCAAUCUACAAGGUGAAAGCAAUCUUCUAUUUACCAGAGACCCACUCGAUCCGCAUUCUUGGUCCUGAUCCGGAGGAACAAGUGGUUCAUGCAAAAGCCAAGAAGAUGGACGAGUAUGGAAACUAACAGCGUUAACAUCGAGAGGAAGUCACCGUGUCGCUUAGGAAAAGUUUCCUUUUGGAAGAAAUAAUACAUUUUUUACUCUCUAAUAUACGUCAAAGAUCGAGAAGCUAAAUAGACUCAAACUUUAAUCUACGUCUCGACUGUCCAAGGAACAAAAGCUUCUCCAUUUUUCUCUUUUUCUGGAUCGUUCAAAGAUUAAGGAAGCGACGAGCGCGCAGCGUUACUCGUUAAAUGCAACUUGGUAGCUUAUAUUUGUAGCUAUUUUUACUGAUCUAUUUAAAGCGAUAUCGCGUCUAAAUUCUACAUUAUACGACGAUAAGUGAGCGAAAGUUCUACGCGGGACGAAGACAGAAUACGGUAGAAAUUUCGUGAACGCGAUUAGCCUCGAUUGAUAUCGCCAACGACAAAACCAGCAACGUCUUCUCGAUCGAACGUAUCCGUGGUCGAAAAGUCGAUAAAUCGUCGGGUUUCUUCUCUUUUGUGGCGCACCACGGUGCGAUUCUUUGUUCGAUAAAUCAACGUCGAUUUCAUCCCCGCGCAAGCAUCAAUUACAAGAGAUUCCCGGGACAUUAAUUUAUUAUUGAAGAGAGAAACCGCGAAUGAUCGGCGCCCCUGCGUCGUUGAAGACGUAACGCGGAAAACCGGACGGAGAAAAGGGAACCGGAUACCAGUUGGGCAGCUUUCGGCAGCGACGAAGAGAUGACGGACGAGUUAUUGUUCUCCGCGUUGGGCCUGACCACCGACACAGGUAUCGAGAGGCAACUAUUCUCCUCCAACUCCGUCACAUGCUUGCCCAGCGACUUCGAGGCGUCGUCUUGCAGAACGACGCCGUGCAGCGACGACUCAGAGACUAUCGACAGACACGUGACCAACGUCACCAACUCUAUCGAGUGUUACACGGACCUGACUUGCCCUACGAAGACACCAUGGAACGAGUGGUCCAACACCUCCACGUCCUCAGGGUGUCUGAGCGAACUAAGCGAACUAGACUCGGAGUUGGAAUGGUGCCUAGAUAAAAGUUGGAACUCUGGGCUACCAGAGAGGACACCGUUGUGCACAGCGGGUUGCGAGGGUUUUCUACACUUGCCUCUACCAAACCCUCAACAAACGUUUCAACGGGAGGAACCAUUAUGGGUGCUUGGGAUCGAUUUGAGAGCACUCGAGGAUACUUUAGAAACGAGUGGAAUAGACUACAAUAACAAUCAAUUAGAGGAGAACCUCAUCUCAUCAGCAGCUACCGCAGCACUAGCAACACACGACUACACUAACCGCAGUCUGGCCAAUGCGGCGGAGGACCGAUGCUUCCCUUGCACUUACCAAGGAUGCGUGAAGGUAUACGCGAAGGCAUCUCACUUGAAGGCCCAUCUUCGUCGUCACACCGGGGAGAAACCGUUCGCCUGCACAUGGUCCGGCUGCGGUUGGCGCUUCAGUCGGUCCGACGAGUUGGCGAGGCACAGGCGUUCGCAUUCAGGCGUUAAACCAUAUCCUUGCGAGAUGUGUUCCAAGAGAUUCGCGCGCAGCGACCACCUAGCCAAGCAUCGCAAGGUGCACAGAAAAAACGCGUAUCCACUGUUCCACGGUGGCAGAGGACUGCGCGGCGGGAAGAACAUUUUGCCAACGGAGAUUUAAUAAAUUGUCCUUAAGUAAAGCUUGACAGACACCACCGGACGAAUAAACGUUGAAGGAAUUUUCUCUGUGGUUUCCAUGAUGUACUUAAUCGAGAAUUACCAACGUCCACUUUGAUACAGCGAAAUAAAGAAGCGUUGAGAGAAACCGAUAAAAGGGAUUAAGUCCGACUACCGCUGUAGUCUAACUUUAAAAUGGUUCGAGCUAUCGCACCAAAUUGAAUAAAUAUUAAGAAGUAACAAUAAAUGUUGUCGA